UAGCUAGCGGAAGAAGAAGAAGAGAAGAAGGGGCUCUGGAAUCUCGCUACCUCCGUCAACGUCAAGCAGCAGCGGACCGCCGUUGGAAGUCAAAUUAUUUGCUUCGCCGAUCGGAAUUUGCUCUUGCUUCGGGCCGGGUUUGAUUGUUCGUUCUAUCACGUCCCGGUACUCCAGAACCCUAAUUCCCAGCAGAAGCGAUGCAGCGAAUCUUCGGCGUUAAGAAAAACAGAGACCCCCCUCCUUCCGUCCAAGACGCCUCCGAUCGGAUCAACAAACGAGGUGAAACUGUUGAUGAUAAGAUUAAAAGGCUUGAUGCUGAACUUGCUAGAUAUAAAGAGCAGAUCAAGAAAACUCGACCAGGUCCUGCUCAAGAAGCCGUUAAAGCUCGAGCCAUGAGGGUUCUCAAGCAAAAGAGAAUGUAUGAAGGGCAACGUGACAUGCUCUACAAUCAGACAUUCAACCUAGACCAAGUUGCAUUUGCUUCAGAGGGAAUUAAAGAUGCUCAGCAAACUAUGUCAGCUUUGAAAUCAGCAAACAAAGAGUUGAAAGGAAUGAUGAAGUCCGUAAAGAUUCAAGACAUAGAUAACUUGCAAGAUGAGAUGAUGGACCUGAUGGAUGUGAGCAGUGAAAUCCAAGAAUCUCUUGGUAGAAGCUACAGUGUACCUGAAGAUAUUGACGAGGAUGAACUCAUGGGUGAGCUUGAUGCUUUGGAAGCUGACAUGGGCUUGGAGACUGAGAGUGAUGGGGUUCCGUCAUAUCUUCAACCUGAUAAGGAACCUGAUCUGGAAGGAGAGCUUAACUUGCCUUCAGCUCCAUCAGGACACACACCAGUACCCACCACCAACAACCAGGCUGAGGAUGAAUUCGGUCUACCUGCUGCUCCUCGGGCAUCUAUUCGCGGUUAGGUCGUGUCUGGCUGGUUGGUUGGUGCAUUGGCUGUAUCGUGAAGGUCUAUAUACUUGUGGGGGGAAAUUUGGUUGGGAGUGAGCCAUUGUGAACAUAUUAUGUUGAAUUUGAGUAUCAAGGUUCCCACAUGUGGGUAAGUUUGGAAGUUAAAAAAAUAAUUUGGGCAUUUUUUCAUGGCAGGUGUAACAGUUGAUCAGAUCUCAUUGUAUUAUGAGAAAACAAGUAGGGUUCAAGAAAUGAUGCUCUGUUUAUAGUUUCAUUGUGGUAUUAUGUAAAGGGUAGCUGUCACGUACCUUGAUUUCGUUAUGGUAUUCAAUUUUAUUUUUUGGAGCUGUUUGAAAUC